GCGCCUCCUCUCCGCGCACCGUGGAGGCGCCCCCGCGGCCGUCUCCUGCCAGCCCCGACGGGAUGCCCGCAGCCAUGCUCCCCUACGCUUGCGUCCUCGUGCUUUUGGGAGCCCGCACUGCAGAGGCGGCCGGGACGGUAAGGGCUGGCCGCCUGCACUGGGAACCGCACUGCCAGCAGCCCCUGCCCCACAGAGCACCCGUCACCGCACUGCUGCCCCCACGCCUGGAAGGGCCCUGGACCUCCACUGGCUGCGAGGUGCGCCCGGGCCCGGAGUUCCUGACUCGCUUCUACACCUUCUACCGCCCCCACCUCUUCCGAGCCCACCAGUUCUACUACGCCGACCCCGCGUGCCGGGAGCCCGCCCACUCCCUGCUCAUCAAGGGCAAGCUGCGCCUGCGCCGCGCCUCCUGGGUCACCCGGGGCGCCACCGAGGCCGACUACCAGCUGCACAAGGUGGGCGUCGUCUUCCACAGCCGCCGCGCCCUGCUCCAGCUCGCCAGGCGCCUCAACCGGACGCGGGCCGGCCGGGCCUGCGCCCGGCAGCUGCCCCCCGCCCGGGCCUGGCUGCCCGGGGCCCUGUAUGAGCUGCUGAGCGCCCGGGCCGAGCGGGACUGCACGGCCGCCCUGGGCUUCAGCAUGCACGAGCUCAGCCUGGUCCGCGUGCAGCGCCACCUGCAGCCGCAGCCCCGGGCCGGGCCCCAGCUCGUGGAGGAGCUGUACCUGGGGGACAUCCACACGGAGCGGGCAGAGAGGCGGCACUACCGGCCCACCGGCUACCAGCGCCCGCUGCAGAGCGCCCUGCACCACGCCCGCCCCUGCCCGGCCUGCGGCCUCAUUGCCCGCUCCGACGAGCACCACCCCCCUGUGCUGCCCCCCCCGGUGGCCCUGCCCCUGCGCCUGGGCGGCCAGUGGGUCAGCCCCGGGUGCGAGGUGCGCCCCGCCGUGCUGUUCCUCACCAGGCUCUUCACCUUCCACGGGCACAACCGCUCCUGGGAAGGGUAUUACCACCACUUCUCGGACCCCGCCUGCCAGCAGCCCACCUUCACCAUCUACGCGGCCGGCCGCUACACCAGGGGCACACCGUCCGCCAAGGUUCGGGGCGCCACCGACCUGGUGUUCCAGGUCACGCGGGCCCACGUGACCCCCAUGGACCAGGUCACCACGGCCAUGCUCAGCUUCUCCGAGCCGAGCAGCUGCGGGGGCCCGGGGGCCUGGUCCCUGGGGACAGAGCGGGAUGUCACGGCCACCAACGGGUGCCUGCCGCUGGGCAUCAGGCUCCCCCACGUGGAGUACGAGCUUUUCAAGAUGGAGCAAGACCCCCUCGGGCAGAGCCUUCUCUUCAUCGGACAAAGGCCCACGGACGGGUCCAGCCCUGACACCCCCCAGAAGCGCCCCACAUCCUACCAGGCGCCCCUGGUGCUCUGUGACGCGGAGGCCCGGGACUUCUCCAGGCCCCCGCCGCCCAGGCCGCAGCUGCAGAAGCCCCUCAGUGGUGGGGGGCCGUGUCCUCGGGGGGCCACUCUCCCCUUCCUGCUCCUGGUUCUAGGGCUGGCCUUCCUGGAGAGGUUAUGAAGUUGGUCGACUUCCAGACGGCUCCUCGGGACACCGUCCGGCCCUGCAGACCCCCUCCCACAGACUCGUCCAUCCCCCUGCGAGGAAGGCCCGUCGUCUCCCCUACUCUGUCGUGGACGGUUGCACGGCCCUGCUGCUGUCAGCUCAGCCUGUGUCCCGGCGGCUCAGCUCCUGCCAAGUCUACACCACGGCCAGCGACUCGAGUUCUGCCCACGAGCUUGGGCGUCGUGGCAAUGUCAAUUGCGAUGAGUUUCUACAGGCUCACUCCCAAUGCUCGUGGGCAGUUUGAGGACCCGCUGGGGACUGGACCACACGGGGUCUCCCUGCCUGGCAGCACCCCCUUCUCUCCCUGCGCCCUCGGGAUUUUGUGAAAUGGAAGUGAGGUUCUGCAUGGGGAUGCCGCUGCGGCUCUGCCGAGUCUGUGGGUGGUUGUUUCAAGAUUAUUAAUUUGAAUUUACCAAAACAAACUCAAACCGAAGCCAUGAAUUAAAGAUGCUGCUUCAGGCUUUCAGUGCUUCUCAGCUUUCUGGCAGAGGGCUCGUCUCUUCAGGGGCAGCUCCGCUGUCUUGAGUUCUGACUGCUGGCACGUGUCUGCAGCUGCCUGUGCCUCUGCAAGUCAGGCCUCAGGCUGUCAGCACUGCGUGCGCAUAAA